CUUUGGGACAUCUUUGAUACACUGUUCUCCCAGCCUCAGUAGCCUUUCCGUUUGUCCCACUGUCAAGGUUAUUUCCACAAGCUCCUUCAAAUAAACAGUGCCCUCUAACUGUAACUGCUCUCCUAAUUCUGGCCUAGUUACAUGUCAUUCACCUCAGCUCACAUGUAACCUCCUCAAGACAUCCUGAUCUUCCAAUAAAAGCUUUCCCAGUCACUAUGACAUCACACUAUUUUAAUCAGCUGAAGAACGUUUAUCCUAUUUUCCUGGUUUUUCUCUCUCACCCCGCGGCGCCAUCAGUUCAGACAACCACCAGCUCCUGGUAGAGGGUCUACACCCCGGAGCCUGGAAAAGUCCUCUGUUCCGGUUGAUCCCUCAAUGAGCAUGCGCCGAGCGAGCAGCCAGCCUGUGUAGAAGAAUGGCAGUGAGCCACUCAGUGAAGGAGCGAACCAUCUCUGAGAACAGCCUGAUCAUCCUGUUGCAGGGCCUUCAGGGGCAGGUGACCACUGUGGACCUACGGGAUGAGAGUGUGGCCCACGGACGUAUUGACAACGUCGAUGCUUUCAUGAACAUCCGCCUGGCUAAGGUUACCUACACAGACCGUUGGGGGCAUCAGGUUGAACUGGAUGACCUCUUUGUAACAGGACGAAAUGUCCGAUAUGUCCACAUCCCAGAUGAUGUGAACAUCACCGCCACCAUUGAGCAGCAGUUGCAGAUCAUCCACCGAGUGCGAAACUUUGGCAGCAAGGGCCAAGGCCGGCAGGAGUUUCCUACCAAAAAGUAUAAGUGAGGCUGGUGCCUCAGCAAGUUGUGGCACCAACUCAGGUUCCUCCUGUGUUCUGGGCCAACUCCUGCUACCCCUCCCAGCCUAGGCCCUGCUAUUGGACAGACAUCACUUGCUACAGCUGUCUUUCACAGGGUUCCGCCUCCCGGACUCGCCAUGGGGCCCAGAACCCUGUCUGUCUGCCUGUGACUUUGGGGUAGGUGACAGUCCUCCUUUUGUAUCAUUUGUACCCAAAUAUGAUUUACUGAUUUAGGAAAUUUGUUAGGUAGUUUUCAGCUCUCUCCCAGUAAGGGUUAUUAAAUGUGCUUGGCCUGAGUCACCCCUAACUUCCCAUUUCUCUCGUAAUUGGGUUGAUUUUCUCAUAAAACCAAACUUGAGUACAAACAA